AUGUCAACUGUAGUCAACAUCACCCCUCAGCCUAACAGUCAAAAGCGCAAGGGUGGCCGCGCACCAUUACCAGAGGUAGAAGAGAAUUUCACGCGAUUGCCGCCAGGACCCGGCGACAGGACCGAACGCGCAGUAUGCAAGCAUUGCCAAAAAGAACGUAGCUGGCACACGACCGAGCUGGUCAAGCACCUCGACAAAUGCGUUCAAUACACGCCCUCCAAACGCGCAAAGUUCACGAGACCAUGGCGCAUUGAAAGGCCCGGUGACACCCGCUCUCCAAACCAGCCACAAUCUCAGCAACCGUCACCACAACAAUUGCAGAAUGCAACCAUCGAUCUCUCCAACCCGAAUGUGCGGGUCGGCUCAAAUGCCAUGUUCCAAUGGGACGGCGGAGUGGUCGCUGGACGACUGCUGACUACCAGCAACGCCGAUUCUAGGCCGGGAGAAGAGCAGCCUGAUGGUUUACAAGACAGCGGCCGGCAACCAGGACCCGAGCCACGGCCACAACAACAACAACAACAACCCAACCAUCACAUCCUGCACACUCCCUCCCAAUCUCUCGGCGGAAACACAGACUACACGAAUACACCGAAUUUUGCCCCAACAACCAACGGCCAACCACAACUCUCAACGAACAGGCCAUCUGCACUCCCUCCACCAGUCAAUGACCCGGACCAACGACUGCACAGCUUCAUAGAGUACGAAAGAGGUGCCACGGCAUGGCAAACUCGACCCGAAGACCUAGAGGCCAUUGAGGCAUGGUUACAACACCAUCGGGUUGAUAUUGAAGACAUCAAAGAAAUCACCGACACUAGAUGGGUAGACUCAUGGCAGUUGAAGCUGGGUGACUUAUACAGGAUCAAGAGGGAUGUGCAGACCUUCAAGGUCUUUUCUACACGCUAG